AUGGCCGCAACUACGUCGACUCCGCUAGAGCCCUUCUUGCGGAGCACUACCAGCAAGAAGACGAGAGCUCUGCUCCGCAUCAUCAUCCUCGUCACCAUUGCUGCAGCCGCAGUCUCUUCCCGACUGUUCAGUGUGAUCCGUUUCGAGAGUAUCAUUCACGAGUUUGAUCCAUGGUUCAAUUUCAGAGCAACAAAAUACCUAGUCAAGCAUGGCUUCUAUAGCUUUUGGGAUUGGUUCGAUGACCGAACAUGGCAUCCCCUCGGUCGAGUCACUGGUGGUACCCUAUACCCCGGCCUCAUGGUCACAUCAGGCGUCAUCUAUCAUCUCCUCAACCUUCUCUCCUUACCCGUUGACAUUCGAAACAUUUGCGUUCUAUUGGCCCCCGCCUGUUCCGGCCUGACAGCUUUUGCCAUGUACCUUCUCACCUCGGAGAUGUCAUCUUCGCCAUCGGCUGGUCUGUUGGCGGCAGCGUUCAUGGGCAUCGCUCCAGGUUACAUUUCACGUUCCGUGGCUGGCAGCUACGACAACGAAGCUAUUGCCAUUUUCCUGCUCGUCUUCACCUUCUAUCUCUGGAUUAAAGCAGUCAAGAAUGGCUCCAUCAUGUGGGGUGCUUUGGCCGCUCUUUUCUACGGCUACAUGGUAUCGGCCUGGGGAGGUUACGUCUUCAUCACCAAUUUAAUCCCCUUGCAUGCCUUCACCUUGAUCUUGAUGGGUCGAUACAGCUCAAGGUUAUACAUCAGUUAUACAACUUGGUACGCCCUUGGAACGCUCGCCAGUAUGCAGGUCCCCUUUGUUGGCUUCCUGCCCAUUCGAAGCAGUGAUCAUAUGGCUGCCCUCGGCAUCUUUGGACUUCUCCAACUUGUCGGCUUUUUCAAUUAUUUGAAAGAACAGCUCCCUGGAAAGCAGUUCCAGACUCUCCUAGUCGCUCUAGGUGGAAGCAUCUUCGCCAUCUUGUUGGCCGCCUUGGUCUUCUUCACCGUCUCUGGCAUCAUUGCACCCUGGAGCGGCCGAUUUUACUCUCUUUGGGACACAGGAUACGCCAAAAUACACAUUCCCAUCAUCGCCUCGGUCUCGGAACAUCAGCCAACCGCCUGGCCUGCCUUCUUCUUCGACCUCAACAUGCUCAUCUGGCUGUUCCCUGCGGGUGUCUACAUGUGCUUCCGAAAUCUCAAGGAUGAGCAUGUUUUUGUUGUUAUUUACGCCGUCUUGGCCAGUUACUUUGCUGGUGUCAUGGUCCGUUUGAUGCUCACCCUGACUCCUGUUGUCUGUUGUGCAGCAGCUCUUGCACUUUCUCACAUCCUGGACACAUAUCUCUUCUUGGGCACUCCUCGGGGUGAUGCCGCUACCGAUGGAAGCAAUGGGCCCGUCAAGGCAAGCAAAACCACCGCCAAUCUCACUCUUCGAUCCAUGCGAAACCCCUUGGUCGGCAUUUACUCGGUAGUUUCAAAGUCCCUGGUCAGCUCCCUGGCCACUGGCUUUCUGCUCCUCUUCGUUGCCCACUGCACUUGGGUGACGUCCAACGCAUACUCCUCACCAUCCGUCGUUCUCGCGUCUCGCCUUCCAGACGGUUCUCAACACAUCAUUGAUGACUACCGAGAGGCUUACUACUGGCUACGACAGAAUACUCCCCAAGACGCCAAAAUCAUGUCAUGGUGGGACUACGGAUAUCAGAUUGGAGGCAUGGCUGAUAGACCUACCCUUGUGGACAACAACACUUGGAACAACACCCACAUUGCCACUGUCGGCAAAGCCAUGAGUUCCCGAGAAGAAGUCAGCUACCCGAUUCUCCGAGCACACGACGUCGACUAUGUCCUCGUCGUCUUUGGAGGACUUUUGGGCUACAGUGGUGACGAUAUCAACAAGUUUCUGUGGAUGGUGCGAAUUGCCGAGGGCAUCUGGCCCGAAGAAGUCCGCGAGCGUGAUUUUUUCACAGCACGAGGCGAGUAUCGUGUUGACGACCAAGCAACACCAACAAUGAGAAACUCACUCAUGUACAAAAUGUCCUACUACAACUUCGACAAACUCUUCCCCUCAGGGCAAGCACAAGAUCGAGUCCGCGGCUCUGCUCUUCCCGCACAAGGUCCUGAGCUUAACGUUCUCGAAGAGGCAUUCACCAGCGAGAACUGGAUCAUCCGCAUCUACAAGGUCAAGGAUCUCGACAACGUGGGCCGAGAUCAUCAAAGUGCCGUGGCCUUUGACAAGGGCCACAAGAAGAAGAGGAAGACCACUCAUGGCGCAGGUAAGAAGGGCGUCAGAGUUCUUCGAGAGGAUUGA